UUGCUUUCUUUUUCAACAAAGAAGGGAAGUGUCCGACAGACAAACAACAUUUCUGUGAGCAAAGUUUGCGCUUUCUGGUUUCUGCAGGCUGGUAGUAUAUAGUUGAGGUUGUACAGGUGCGUUUUGUAAACCCACAGACAGACUCUUUAUACGCACACAAAGGUUUGCUGAUACUUUUUGUUUUCCUCAAAGCGAAAGUGACUUGGACAGUAAGACAAUGGGAGUUGAUGGAUGUGCAAAAUGUAUCAAAUACGGACUGUUUAUCCUGAACUUCAUUCUCUGGAUUGCGGGUACGGGUGUCCUGGGUAUUGGACUUUGGCUGAGGUUGGAUCCCAAGACUAAGAGCUUGUUUGAAGGGGAGAACUCUCCCUAUAUCUUCUACACCGGUGUAUACAUUCUUAUCGCGGCUGGCGCUUUGAUGAUGGUCGUGGGAUUUUUGGGAUGUUGUGGGGCCAUCCAGGAGUCCCCGUGCAUGCUGGGAUUGUUUUUCUUCUUUCUGUUGGUCAUAUUUGCUGUCGAAGUGGCUGCUGGAAUUUGGGGCUUUUCUAACCAGACCAAGGUUAUUGAAGAUAUAACGGCUUUCUACAGGCAAACGUACAAAAACUACCAAGACACCAAACAGGAUGCUCUGAAAGAGACACUCCGUCUCAUUCAGCAUGGUCUGAACUGCUGUGGCCCAUCAGGACAAGACCAGGAGGCAAUUGAGGAGACCUGCCCCAAAAAAGAGGGGCUUGAUGUACUCAUUACCAAGACCUGCCCUGAUGCCAUUGACGAAGUCUUCAACUCCAAACUACAUAUUAUUGGAGGUGUUGGCAUUGGCAUUGGAGUGAUUAUGAUCUUUGGCAUGAUCUUCAGCAUGAUGCUGUGCUGUGCCAUCCGAAAAACCCGGGAGAUUGUGUGAGGGUGCCGUUGCCUGGGCAACUGCCUGUGUAUCGGUGUUGCAUGAUGUCUGUCCCAAAGCACUGUUUUGAACAUGACCUCAUCGGCUUAGAACCAGUUAGAUCACACCGACGAGCAAAACAUAUGUAUAUUUCUUCGAUUGAUGGGAAUUCACGCUCACAUGUCUGAGGCAGCUGUGUCGCUGGCCUCAACCGUGAGUUAAAAAGGAUCGGUUUAGCAUUUCAAAUCCAUUGAAUAAGGCCUUUAAGUAUUUUUUUAUUUUUUUAUUGUUCAAAAUAGAUUUUAAGGAUUAACCUUUGUUUGCUUUAUUGUACUUGCAGUAUUGCUGAACGUUUUCUAAAGUUUUGAUUUGUGUAUAGGGUUGAUUUGAUUUACCAACAUCGGUGCAUAUGGCUACAAUAAAGCCAAAUUCAACAUGAA